AUGUCUUUGGGGGCCUCGCCAGCGCCCACCUUACCAUGCUUUUCCAUGAAAGGCAAAGUGUGUAUGGUUACAGGUGCAGCCAGGGGCUUGGGCUUUGAAUUUUGUCGAGCUUUCUUGCAGUCAGGAUGCACGUCUUUGGCCGUCUUGGAUCUGAAGGAUUCUGAUUGCAGAGACGCUGCAAAGGAACUUUCAGAUUAUGCGCGUGAUACGUACGGCUUACAGAAUAAGGACGUUCAAGUCAUUGGGAUUGAAUGUGAUGUAUCAUCUGAAGCAUCCGUACAAAAUGCAUAUGGAAAGGUCAUGGAUACAUUUGGCCGGAUCGAUUCUGUUGUUGCAUCCGCUGGCAUUGUUGAAAACUAUUCUGCUUUAGACUAUCCCACAGACCGUGUCAAACGACUCUACGAUGUCAACGUUCACGGAGUGUUCUUUACUGCUCGAGAAGCGGCGCGUCAUAUGAUACCCCAGGGUGGAGGAUCCAUCAUCCUUGUGUCCAGUAUGAGUGCGAAUGUGAGUUCGUCGAGUUCCAUCCCACUAUUCCCUCCGAGUCUAAUGGUCUUCUCGUAUCAGAUCGUUAAUAUUCCACAAUUACAAACGCCGUACAACUCGUCCAAGGCAGCGGUUAAGCAUAUGGCGGCAAGCUUAGCAGUUGAGUGGGCAAAGGAUGGUGUUCGAGUGAACAGCUUGAGCCCAGGCUACAUGUUAACGAAACUUACGAAGAGUUUAUUGGCAAAGAACCCUGAUUUGAAGAAAACCUGGGAAAGUUUGACACCCAUGGGUAGAAUGGGUGAGCCCGAAGACCUGGCGGGGGCCAUUGUUUUUCUUGCUAGCGAUGCGUCAAAGUUCGUGACUGGUUCCGAAAUCCGCGUCGAUGGUGGUUACUGUGUUGUCUGA